UGAAGAUUAAACUUAUCUCGUGCCAAAUGUAUUUCAGUAUAAUCAUGUCUUAACCUGCAGGAGUAAACACAACCUCACAAUCAGAGCUGCAGUUAGAGUCAGAGCAACAAUGGAAAUACGAGAGCUUCAACGUGACACUCCUGAAAUAAAACGUAGAGUUUGCCAGAGUUACAGCAGAGCUGCAGCAGAGACCAGUCUCUGUGUUUCGGUGUGAAGAAAUAAUAAACUGAUAUUAUCAGGACUUUCUCAACAACUGACUCAAAUACUGAUAUGGCUGCUCCCAGAAAUCUGCUGUGUGAGGAUCAGUUCCUGUGCUCCAUCUGUCUGGAUGUGUUCACUGAUCCAGUCAGCACACCAUGUGGACACAACUUCUGUAAAACCUGCAUCACUGAACACUGGAAUAUUAAUGACCAGUACGUGUGUCCGAUGUGUAAAGAGGCUUUUAGUAUAAGACCUGAUUUGAAGGUCAACACUUUUAUCUCUGAGAUGGUUGCUCAGUUCAGACAGUCAGCUCAACAGAAAGCCAGCAGCAGCAGCCCAGAGCAACAAGUGUCCAAACCAGGAGAAGUUCCCUGUGACGUCUGCACUGGAACCAAACUGAAGGCCCUGAAGUCCUGCCUGGUGUGUCUGGUCUCCUACUGUGAGACUCACCUGGAGCCUCAUCUGACAAUGUCAGGUCUAAAAAGACAUCAGCUGAUCGACCCUGUGGAGAACCUGGAAGGCAGGAUGUGUACGAAGCACGAUAAACCUCUGGAGCUGUACUGUAAGACCGACCAGAUGUUUGUCUGCAUGCUCUGCUCUGUUUUAGACCACAAGACACAUGAGUUUGUUCCUCUGAGAGAAGAAUAUGAAGUAAAGAAGGCAGAGCUGGGAAAGACAGAGGCUGAAAUACAGCAGAUGAUCCAGAGGAGACAACUGAAGAUUCAGGAGGUAAAACAGUCAGUGGACCUCAGUAAGAAAAAUGCAGACAGAGAGAUAGCAGAAGGUGUUCAGGUCUUCACGUCUCUGAUGGAGUCUGUUGAGAGAGGCCUGAAUGAGCUCAUCAAAACUUUAGAAGAGAAUCAGAGAAUUAAACAGAAGCAGGCUGAAGACUCCAUCAAAGAGCUGGAACAGGAAAUCUCUGAGCUGAAGAAGAGGAGCACUGAGAUGGACCAGCUCUCACUCUCUGAAGACCACCUUUAUCUUCUCCAAAGCUUCCCGUCCCUGAAGGAUGUCCCACCCACCAAGGACUGGACAGAGGUCAGUGUCCCUCCAUUAUCUUAUGAGGGGACUGUGGUGAGAGCUGUGGCUCAGCUAGAGGAGACACUCAGUAAAGAGAUGAAGAAACUGUUUGAUGCUGAGCUAAAGAGGGUCCAGCAGUAUGCAGUGGAUGUAACUCUUGAUGCUGAUACAGCAAAUUCUGAACUCAUCCUGUCUGAUGAUGGGAAACAAGUGAAUCAUGGUGAUGUGAAGAAGAAUCUCCCAGACAAUCCACAGCGAUGUUCUCGAUAUAUUAAUGUCUUAGGAAAGCAGAGUUUCGAUUCAAGCAGAUUUUACUUUGAGGUUCAAGUUACAGGGAAGACUAAAUGGACUUUAGGAGUGGCCAGAGAGUCAAUCAACAGGAAAGAGGCAAUCCCACUGAGCCCUGUGGAGGGUUACUGGACUAUAUGGUUGAGAAAUGGAAAUGAGUACAAAGCCCUUGCUAGCCCUCCAGUCCGUCUCUCUCUUAAGUCACAGUCUGAGAUGGUGGGGGUGUUUGUGGAUUAUGAGGAGGGUCUGGUCUCCUUUUAUGACGUAGGUUCUGCAGCUCUUAUCUACACCUUUACUGGCUGCUCCUUCACUGAGAAACUCUUCCCAUUCUUCUGUCCCUGUAAUAAUGAUGGUGGUAAAAACUCUGCCCCUCUGAUCAUCUGUCCUGUCAAUCAUAGUGCCUGAUAUUUUCUAUCAUCAGUGAUUUACUGAGCAAUGAAAUAUUGCCAACAAUACACAUACUUAUGACAUUAAUUUUAAGAUUUUACAUCCACAGUGUAUAUACCAGACAAUGUGUUCACACUACAAUACUGACACACAGACAAUGCUAGGAGGGCAAUGGAUGAGAGACACAAACCAAAUACAUUUUAUUGUCAUUUAUGUACAAAUGUACACAUUCAGUGGUAAUGUACACGUUAACCUUGUUUUCAUUUGAAUACACUGUUUUCUGUCAUUGGGUGGGUUUGUUUUUAUUUAUCAGGUUUGUUAAAGAUAAAAUAUAUUUGUCUACUGGUAACUGUACUUUCAUUUAUGUAGUGAGAAGUUCAUUUUGAUUUUAGGAUGUAAAUUACUGGGUUAUGGAUGCAAUUGCACUAAUAUAAGUAGGUAUAAGUUAUUUUAGUUUGUCUUCAAGACCUUACCUGUUGUGGAAGUGACUUGCUGUGGGUCUAAUUCUGUUGAUCUCUAUUGAUAAUAGAGGUAGGUAUCAGUAAACAACCAUGUGCCUUAGAACAACAAUAUACAGAUAUUUAUUGAAUUAACAAGAAUUGAAAUUGAUUUAAAAAAAUACUGCCUCUUAAAUUGGUAUUAGUUAUAUUUCACCAUUUAUACUAUUUUACUAUUUUACCUUUUAUUUCUUUGACUUGUUUUCAUUUUUUAUGUUUUAUGUAUAAAGCACUUUGGAUGAGUGUUCAGUUUGUGUUUGAGUACCAUAAUUACCAGAUAAAAAGUCCAUCAUAGGUUGUUUUAAAUAAGUGACUUAAGUCCUCAGCCUCAUUCUAAAAAGACAGAGAAUGUUGAUAUAUGUCAGUGACUAAAACAAAUGCUGAAAAGUGAAUAAAACCACAUUUUAUACUCUGCUGUACAGUAUCACUGCAGUAAAAUCUGGUGCAGAGGAAGAAACUGUUUGUGGAAGUGCUUUAUUUUGACAGGUUGGAUGUGUUUCCCUGUUGUUGCCACUAUUCAAUUCAAUUCAAUUCAAUUUUAUUUGUAUAGCGCUAAUUCACAACAGACGUUAUCUCAGGACACUUUUCAAAUAGAGCAGGUCUAGACCAUACAGAGAGAGAGAGAGAGAGAGAGAGAGAGAGAAAGAGAGAAAGAGAGAGAGACAACGACAGAAAGACAGAGACAAA